GCGCUUCAUACCUAGACAGACUGUGAGCAUAAAUACACCGAAAGGGAUUCGACUGUACGAUCGAGUCCACUUAAAUAACUUUCACAAAUGUUGAGGCAGAGGCACAGAACCGUGCUUAUAUGAACGGAAAGCGGCCGUAGCUUACCGUAGCACACCACGUAGUACUCCACCUUCCGCAGCGUACCCUGCGCGUCACGGCGGCUCGCCCAGUGACGGGCGGCUUUCAUCCAAUCAGCUGCCGCAGAGGAAGACGUCUGCUUUUUAAAAAUAUUGGCGCUGGUCAUGCUAGCGGUAACGCUAGCGAGUUUAUAUUUUUUUUUAAUUCGAGCUACCUGUAUUUGAUCAGAAAACGUCGCCGUGAUAGUGAUUUGAGAGAUAGCCGUUACUAACCCAAGAGAAACCGCUAUGGCAAGUAAUGUGUGCAGCCAUGUAAAGGUUGUUGUUCGAGUGAGGCCGACCAAUGAGAGCGAGAAGCGUGAAAACUGUCGGAAUGUGGUCCAGGUCGUCGAUAAGCACAUGCUCAUCUUUGACCCCAAGGAAGAGGAUUUGUCAUGCUUUGGGUCACAAAGAGUACGAAACAGAAACAUCAACAAGAGGGCGAACAAAGACCUAAAGUUUGUUUUUGAUCAAGUCUUCGACGAGAACGCUACACAAGUUGACAUUUUUGAGAACACCACUAAAGGAGUGCUGGAUGGGGUGAUGAAUGGAUUCAACUGUACAGUGUUUGCCUAUGGUGCUACAGGAGCAGGCAAGACACAUACCAUGUUAGGCUCACCAAAUGACCCUGGGGUCAUGUACCGCACAAUGAACGAACUCUUCAAACGCAUGGAUGAUGCAAAAGAGGAGAAGGAGUUUGCAGUUGCAUUUUCAUAUCUUGAGGUUUACAAUGAACAGAUAAGAGACUUGUUGGCUAAUGCAGGGCCUCUUGCAGUCAGGGAGGACAGUUCUAAGGGAGUGGUUGUACAAGGCCUCACGCUGCAUAAGCCCAAAUCUGCAGAGCAGAUUUUUGAGGCUUUGGAUUCUGGAAAUCGAAACAGGACACAGCACCCGACUGAUAUGAAUGCCACCUCUUCCCGCUCCCAUGCUGUAUUUCAGAUAUAUUUGAGACAGCAGGACAAAAUUGCCAGCCUCAAUCAUAAUGUCUGCGUUGCCAAAAUGAGCCUGAUUGACUUGGCAGGCUCAGAGAGAGCCAGCGCCACCAACGCUAAAGGGGCACGGUUACGAGAAGGUGCGAACAUCAACCGCUCACUCCUCGCCCUGGGCAAUGUUAUCAAUGCUCUUGCUGACCCAAAGAGUAAGAAGGCUCAUAUACCAUACAGGGACAGCAAAUUGACACGGAUACUUAAAGACUCCUUGGGAGGCAACUGCAGGACGGUUAUGAUUGCCAACAUUAGCCCCUCAUCGAAGUCAUAUGAUGACACCCAUAAUACUCUAAAGUAUGCCAACAGAGCCAAGGAGAUUAAGUCCUCGCUCAAGAGUAAUGUGGUCAGCUUGGACAGUCACAUUGGUCAGUAUGCAGUGAUCUGUGAGAAACAGCGACAAGAGAUCGUACAGUUGAAGCUGAAGCUAAAAGAAUAUGAGGCGAAGAGCACGGCGCCUGGGGCUUUUAGCACAAUCUCUUCCCAGAAGCAAGAAGAGUUCAAAAGGGCGUCAGAGGCUCUGCAGCAAAUCUUCUCGAGCCGAGCCCAAAUCAGGCGAGAACAGCUGGAUUUGGAGAGGCAGCUGAAGGAGAAUGAGCUGCGCCAGCGCUACAGCGAGGCGGACAACCUGCAGGUCCAGUACCUCUGUGCCAAGGAAAAGAGAAAGGCCACUUGUAAGCACGAGCGGAAGAUUGCCAGCUUACGCACUCAGCAACAACACAUUUGCGAACGCUUGAAUAAGGCGGAAGAGCGUUUCUUGGAAAACGACGGUUGGCUUCAUCGCAUUGAGAACGAGAUUAAGUUGUUAAAGACGAGCGAUCAGGCCUCGGAGGCAUUAGAGAAGGAUCUACACUGCCACAGAUUGGAGUUGCAGGUAAAUGAUCUCCAACAACACAUCAAGCAGAUGGUCCAGCUCACCACUCUGCAGGAUCAGGAGAACAAGCGCAUGCAAAAAAUGCUGAAAAUCUUGUUGCCAGCUUACAGUCGGCACUACUCUGUGCUGAGUGGAGCCGGGCUGGCCACGGGAGCCGAUGAGAUGGACAACCAUGAACUCGAACACCUUGUGCUGAGGGAGAGAGGCGUGGUCUGGGCAGACCAGGAGGGGGUGGGGCCGCAGCUGAAAGUUGAAGGGAUUGGUGUGGACUCACACGAGAGAGAUAAGGCAGGAAAAGUUGGGUUCUGCAGCGAGCUGGCACCUGUCCUCUCUUUCUCACAUCUACAAUACCACCAGAGUAGCCCCUGCAGUUCAGAGAGGCACACAAAAAGAUUGUGCAGUGCUGCUCCUUCACCGAAAGGUAGAGAAAAUCAGACAGAUAUGGCACAGGAACCACUUCCCAGAAUGCCCAUCAGGAGAAAUUUAUCUGCAUUACUCCCACCCCAGAGCCCCCGCACGGUCACUACUAGACAGGUGUUCGAGGAGGGUAUGUUCCCACUCCAGUGCACACCGGAACCGGUUCAAAAAACCACCCACGCCCAGCCACUGAGCUCCUCCAGCACCAUGGAUCCAAACAUGACCUUUGAAGUUCUAGACAAUGAUGAUCAAGCGCCAAGUAAUACAACCAUCAUAAUAAGCAGCGGUAGUCCAUGGCAAGCGUCAAAGUCCACAAACUUCUCAGGACAGCCUAACAAGACCACGGAGGGGAACCACACAACCACCAAGCGACAACAGAUCCCGCCGCUGCAAGACGUGAGGCGCACCAACCCGACCUACAUGGGCAUGACGUCUGCUGCACAAGGGAAGCGGAAAUUUAACCGCAUCUUCAGAGAAGAGUUAACACAUGCAGCAAAGCGUGUAAAGAAAGACCCCUCAGUGCCACAGAGGCCAGUCAGAGUCCAGCGUUUGGUUGGCUCCGAGUACAAGCCCCGCAGAGUUGUGAGGAGCAUUUCUGAAGGAAAUCUGAACCUCAUCGAACCUCAGAAAUCCAAGUCCAUUUUCUACAAAACAUCUCAACAGCUAAAACGAGUGGCUAAACGCAUGUGAGGCGGCACUGAGUUGAAGUCGCUUUGCCUUUAAAGACUUUCAUCCUGCACCUUUUCCGUCCUUAUUCAGCUUUUAACAAUAUUUUUCUCCAAACCUUAAAUAAAACAAAAACAUGCUCAGUUGUGCAGAAAUGUUAAAUGUGGUGUUUUCCUUUCAGCCUUGCACUAAACUGAACUUGUAUGUAACUAUUGUACAGGCAGUGUUAGAUUAUUUUGAAUAUUCUUUUUGUAGCUCAAAGACUGGUUGGUGUCAGUUUGGAGCCUUCCUUUAGAUUUUAACAUGUAUUUUAAAGUCAUGUGUACACACACAAAUAAAUAAUUUCCUGUGGAUGUUCUGCAUUUUGUACAUUAUGUUCUUUGAUCUGUUUUCAAACAGUAAUCGUCUUUUAGUUGACCACAUUACCCAGGGCAGCUAAUAACACAGAAACUGCUCGACUCUGAGCUGUUUGUGCUUCUUAUUUUUAUCCUGUACAGGUAAUAAGGUGGGGUUAUAGAUAUUUCAUAAUAAAUUUGCUUGUAAGAGAAUCUGUGGUUUUUCAAUAAA